AGGGUGUGUGCAAGACGUAAGCGUACAAGCGGUUUAAGUUGGAAGAAUCUGUUCUGCGGGUAAUAUUGAAGCAAUCAUGGAUAAACGGCGAUCCGUAGACGGGGGAACGCAGGAGUAUCCUUUGCCUAUCCCGGUUCAAAUGUUCCUUUGGCGUCUUAUAAGGCCAUUCAUUCGAGCUAAGCUAGGAAAACUUCACGAAGCAUCUUGCAUGUUCUGUCAACGCGCGCCAGGCCAUCAUGAAAUGAAGGAAGCAUGCACGUGCCUUGAAAGAGUUCUAGUGCAGGAUCUUCAUAAUGAUUUGACACCCUCGUUGAGCGAGAUAUUAAGAAACGUGCCACGUUGGCGUUUGAUUCAAGCCGCUCUUCCUUAUGUUCUCCAUGCUACGGCUAGUCUUAUGCACAAUAGGAAAGACUUUCAGACUCUCGGCACGAUGGAAACGACUCUUCUUUAUAUUCUUCACUGGAUACUUUUGGAUUCAGCUGAAGAAUGCGCGGAGAAUGAGGCUGAUCCGUCAAAUCCUUUUUUUUAUUUGUUUCCGAUACCUACUAUGACUCUUUUCAUCUAUCUAUUUGCACCUCUGUGCAAUCAUCUAAAGGAUAUUGACUUCAAGACGAAUUUACGAUUAGAAAACGGCCUAAAAAUAUGGUCUGCCAUGUACGAAUGCCGUCAUCCGGAUACACCUUGUUUCACAGCGCAUUGUCGUGCUAAACCGCGCAUUUAUUGGAGCCAAUCCUUCAAAUCCGCCAAGCAUCAUAUGUUGUCGGAUGACGUUUUUGUUGGAGGAAAUGUCGAAAGUCCACCUAGCCAAUCGACUUCAGAACAAAGCGCUCCGCCGCCUUCGAAAUCAGUUGAUGAAGAUCAACAGGGUUCUUGGCUAUCUUCACCAAAAGACACGGUUUUCCCGGAAACGAUUCCUGAAGAAAGUUCUGGUGCAGAAGACGAGCAUGUGGUAAUAUUCAGAUUACCAUCUUUGAGUGAAUCGGAGAGAAUACUCGAUGGAGUAAAAGAAGUUUCCACCAUAUUCGCAGGCGAAGCUAGUAUCUUUCACGUCGCGAUGGGCAGGACAACUUCCUCAAGAUCUACAAUAGAACAGUUCACGAUAGAACAGGUCGCAGCAAUUUCUGGAUUGGACACGUGCAAACAGUACCAUAAAAAAGCUACAAAAACCGGAGGAAUGGACAAGGAGAAAGAGGAAAAAAUUUCGAAAACAGAGAAAGAAACGCAGGAGAAAACGCGUGGAAGUUUCUCAGUACAACGUCAAUCUGCUGAUGCAACCGAGCAUACCACAGGCUCUACAAUCGUGGAUUCAGAUGUUCGUGCGGCAACCUUUUUAGAUGUAGCUACUUUGAGAUGUCUGUUCGUGCCUCAAUGGCAGGAAGAAGGUGUUCACUGGGCUCUUCAAUUUUUUUAUUAUCGGCUACGAAGAAUUAACGAAGAAACCUCAGUGCAGCAAAUGCCGCGUCGCCGGAGCAACUCCUUGCCUAUUCCAAAAAUCGAAGUCUCGAUUUAUCAGAGUCCCGAGAGUAAGAAGAAGGAUGUAAUGAAGGAUUUCAUAGAGGUACCUGACACACGCGAUGCCUCUUUAACAGCGGGUACAAUUAUAUACGAAGCACACGAAGGUGAAGCGAGACAUACUAGACGUGCCAGCGAAAAGACGAAAAAGCGCAUGAAAAUGGCCGAUCUCAAGGCCUUUGUAGAAACAAAACUUCUUUCGAAAUCAGAGAAGGCACUUGAGAAAAUUGGCCAAGAAGAACCGAAGAUGUUGUUUGAGCAGGAACAUCAUACAAGUCUUGAUACUGGAGAAGAUCAUUUGACUGCGACUAGACCAACUUCGGCUAGUUCAAAGAUUUUUGAAGCAAAAGACAUCGAUUACAUGAAGCAUCCUACAAAUCUAAUUAAAGGGAAGAGUAUGCCAAGUCUAAGCUGCUUGAUUAACGAGCUGACCGCGGGAGGGUACGUCGGCGAUACUCGCAUCGAGAGAAAGCAGAGCCAGUUUUAUAGUCAGUCCUACACCGUCCCGAACCCUAUUAUCACCGUCACGGAACACACGCCAACCCCAUCCCCCGAUUACAUGAAGCGUCAGGGAUCUAUCGACAGUCAAUUAGAUGUCAUCAGUGUUCAAGGUGGUCGUUUGUGUUCUGAGAGGAAACCGAGUCUCACGAGGUCCCAAACGGAUUCUAAUAUUACUUAUAUGAGCGAUGAAAUACCAGAAGCUCCGGGUUCCUCAUGUUACAUUACCAAAGAAGGUGAUGUCGAUCUUCAAGUUAUCUUGAAGGCGAUACAUUUCGUUGCUUUGCGAGAUAACACCUCUUGCACACCGCGAGUUUGCGAGAUUAUACUGAACUUGAUAGAACUUUUAAUGGAUAUGGGAGUGAUGAAACAUUGCCUUCGAGAGGAAGCUAUCGGCAGUAAUGCAGGAUCUGGUACAGGAAUCGACAAUAAGUCGGAAACAGGAAAGAAACAGGAUUCGCCAACAGAAUUACCUCAGGAACAUGGGUACGAUUCGAGUAAGAGCAAGCCGACUGCUCACAAUCUCCUCAUGAAUUGUGUGAUCAGAGUACUGAGGCAUUUAGGCUGCCCACACGGUUGCUUGGACGGAGUACGUGGACCUCAGGCUGAUAUUUGUCGCUCUCAAGGUCAAACUAUCCUGACAAAAUUGCAUCGCGCAAGUUCCCGUCAAUUCUCGAGAUUCUUACGAACGAUGAUACGAGAGCAACCGUUGACGGAAAUCUUGGACUUCUUUCACGCAUAUGUCGGAUAUUGCGUUGAUCCGAGUUCAUUGCUAUCGCCGCUUAAUCAGAAGAGAAUGUCGGGGAAAUCGCCCGACGUGGCAUCUCAAAGUGGAUACGCGACGAACUUCGGUGCCGGCAUGAUCGGUUCCGGAACUGGUGGAAGUGGAGUCGGUACUUCGGGUGGAAGCGGCGGAAACGUCGCAAUAGCAAGCGGCGUCGCGACGUCGUACAAUACCGGCGGUUACGGAGCGCGCGGUAUCGAAGGGCAGAUUAUGUCCUGCGUCUUUAAGGUCUUGGUGACCCGUCUCAUCGGUUCCACAAAGCAGCUAAAGGCUCAAGAGAACAUCAGUCUCUACUGUGAUGUGCGACAGUUGAUGACGUACGUCAAGGAGGCGCACGGUGGUAUUUUCCGACGGGUCGCUCUAAGUGGAAUCCUGGAUUCUGCUGAUCGACCGAAUAAACGAUGUAACAGCAAUAUGCAGACAACACGUGUCAUAAGACAUAUUCAUCAAUCGGAUUUAGAGGAACAUGCAGAUAUCGGGGGAGACACGUGUUACACCGUUGACGAUAGGGGCACACGAAAGUUCCUCUUUAAGAAAAGGAGCACAUCUUCCACUUGUGCUGCGGGAUCGAAUUUACAGAGUCUUCUCGAGACGGAAUUGAGCGAGGAAAACAUAAAGAUUAGUCAAAGCCCGUUGGGUAAUCUGCGUAAAAAACAUCAUGUGUUGACACCCAGACAGAGCGAACGUAAUUUAGGUAUUCUAGGCGAGCCUUCUUUGGGACCGCGGAAAUCGACGCGGUUUCAAAUUGGCGGUAUCGUUAAUUGGUUCCGGAAGGAGUAUAGUCGGACCGAUUCUACCGAUAGCCAUGAAAGUAGCGAGUCGCCUACAGACGGUAGCUUUGUUAGGCAACCCAGCUUCCAUUACGGCCAUCGCAGCGCAUCGCGAAGCAGUCGCGGGGUUGGUAUAUCUCUGCAAAAGGCAAAACGUCGGAUGGAGGAUCAACUGAAUAAAAUCGGUUUUGGAAAGAAUAAAAAGAAAGAAAGCAUGGAAGAAACGCCCGGAAACUAUUUCAGUCGAAAGAAUUCUAUAGAGCUCGGCGAGGUUUGUAGAGAAUCCGAGUUUGUUGUACUGAAAGAGAGAAGAUUAGUACCACGCUUCGCGGUAUUUGAAGGAAUGUUACGAUUUUCCUUUCUUCUGGAGACCUGCCAACCAGGCUCAGUUCCCGAUCCUCAUCUAAUGGCGUCGCUUCUAGAUCUUCCAUACGCGCCGGUAGUAUCUCGCGCCUGCUUGAUAUUAGAAUGCGCGCAUUUGGUGCAUCAGUGCAACAAAGGCCACUGGCCCGCAUGGAUGAAGCACAAUUUCCCCAUGUUUCGACCGUCUGUGCCGAUAAACAGUCGAAACGCCUCUAGUGCACUUAGACGCGUUCAUAUACUGCAACGCACAGCGGGAAAAUUAUUUUAUCAAUGGGCAGAGGCUAUAGGAGCACGUUUAGAAGAGUUCUUAGCUGAAGAUAAGCAAAACAUGGAGCAGGUAACCACCAUAGUAUCUGAUGAGAGCAAACAGAGAGAUUUGAUUUUGGAAGAUGAAGAAGAAGAUUUUCUUGAUGAUGCUAGUAUAAAUAAUUAUGGAUCCCAGUGUCCCUUCGCGUUACGUCUCGUCGCUUGCGUUUUGCUGUUGGAAGUGACGGCGUUUCUUAGAGAGACUUAUCAAACUUUGCCGAAGUCAAGUAAACUGUUAACGAAAGAACGUCCCCCGGCUUGGGAAAGAAUGUACAGCCGAGAAGCGAAUCGACGGUGGAGCGUGGCUUUGUCGUCCAUGGGCCAUUCACAGGCAUCCGCGCAGAGUCUUCAAUCUAUAGCUGGCGAUCGCGAAGUUGUCGCGGAGCGCAAAAUCAGUUUUGUCCUCUACGAACCUGAUAAUGAGUCUGAAGGAAGCAGCAAAUCAAAUGUUACAAUUCAAGGUGAAGAAACCCAAAAUAUCGAGAAGGAGAAAGCAAAGAGAGUGCAGGCAUCUCAAAAUAGACCAUACCUUCUUCGUCGCAGUACUGCUACGACUGGUUCAUUUAAAAAGAGAAGCCUUAAACUUCGUCGCAAUACUAAGGAGGGCAAGGAUACGGAAUGCGAAGCGUAUACAGUAAAACGCGCAGAUUCGAUUCAAUCUAACAGUAAGAGGAAAGUAAGCUCCCUGUCUGAUAGAAGCGAUACGUCUGAACCUGGUGUCGCUGGCGAAGUCAGUGGCGAUGAAUCGCCUGGAAUUCUCAGCGACGAUCAGCCGCCGGAGAGUCCAAGCGAUAGCAACGAAACCGAUGAGACUAAUAAGAAUUUCCCAUGGAUGAAGGUGCUCGUGCAGGUUGCCAAUUCCUUCAAUUUUUAUUGCUCCCAUCAGAACUUCUGCCAUCCUUUCUGUCAUCGCCGACAAAUGCGCGCUAGUAGUAGAUUGAUAAAGUCGGUGAGAAAAAUCUAUGGAGAGGAAUUUGGUAUACUAAACGGUACGGGUUUAUUCGAUAUUGACUCUGAUAAGAAGGAUGACAAGAAAGAUAAACGCAGCCGUAAAGUAUCUGAUCAAACUAGCACUCAGGUAUCACCUAUUCGAAGGAAAGACAGCGUGGGACGCAAGUACAAAAUAGAAAAAAAUUUAGAUGGUUCUCAAUCUGGUCGAUUGACUCAAAGGGAUUCCUCGAAGGAUCUCGCAGAGCAAGACUCUGAAAGGGGCAAGGAAUCCUUGAGAAGAACUACAACGAAAUAUGACAUUGAACAAGAUAGAGAGCCACCGCCGGUUUUGAAAUACAUAAAGACUCAAGUAAAGGAUGCUUUUCAUGCACCUUUGGCUACGUUAAUCAAAGGGGCGGUCGUGAUGACGGAAGAUUUAUUCGUGGAAGUAUUGCCUGUCGCUUGGGAACUCUUAUUAGAAUCCAAUCAAGAAGUCGCUGCAUCAGCAGCGGCACUUUUUAUAGUAUCGGCGGUGCGAGCACCGAACCAGGCCAGUGAUUUGAUGCAUAAAGGCCUUCAACACAAUAAUACUAGUGUGCGCAUAAACGCCAUUUUACGAUUUCAAGUUCUGUGGAAAUUACGAUAUCAAGUGUGGCCGCGGAUGGAAGAGACAGCUCAUUUAACUUUCAAAGUACCUCCGCCAGGAAUAGAAUUUACUCUGCCUUCACCGAAGAUCGGAAUAGAAUCCUUGCCGGUAGUGGAUCCACCCUGGAUGCCUCAGGUCAAAACAAAAAUGGAGGAGGUCACGAUUAAUCAGGAACAUCAUAGAUCUCUAGUGACCGCAACGAAAACGCGGAAGAAACAGCAGACCGAACUGAUCACGAGGGCUCUUCAGGCACAGGACGACAAAAAACGGGAAGAAAGAGAAAAUUUUCUUAUUACGACGAUACCAAUUACUGUACAAGCCGCUUACGAGCCCAGUCCAGUAGGGGACGAUCACGGUGAUGAAGGUAAUGUAGGAGAUGAAGAUGCAGCUGAGACUGUCCCAAGGAAUACUCAAACUCAUCAUAGUCAAUCAGCUCUUUCGUUAUUUCCUUCAUCACUAUGUUCAGCGAUCGUUCAAAUUAUUAAUCUCUUGGAUGAUCCAGCAGUCUCCGAUGAUGGAAACGCGGUGUACGAAGUGGCAUAUCAGGUAAUCUGGAGUUGCUUGGUGGAAGAUAGCGCGCUGUUUCUACGAUACGUACUGGAACGUCUUACGAGAGAGAAGCAAGAGUUAAUGUUUAAGGUUUUGAGACAUCUUAUCAGAUUUGUGCCGAAAUUACCGCAACAGGCUGCGUUUGCACUUUAUAAUUAUAUUAUUGGAUAUGUCAUGUUUUACGUGCGCACUCCACACGAGGAAGGCCAAAAAUUAAUUGGAACCGCAUUGUCAAUUCUGUGGAUGGUGGUGCACAGUGUACACGGCAUUAUGUUUAAAGAUCUGAAGCAAAUCCUCCGAAAGGAACAAUGCGAUGCAUCAAUCCUACUCACAGCGAACGUUCCGUCAGCGAAAAAAAUCAUCGUUCAUGGUCCGCAGGAUCCUGAUGCUGGAGAAAUACCCUCGCAAUUUCCGGUGCAAGAGGACACGCAAUUUUGUCAGAUACUUCGAGAAUCCUUGGAUUUUUUUGGUAUCGAAGAAUCAAAGCAUCACGAGUAUUUCCUCGUGGAUUAUAAGACGCAUCAAAUACACAAUCCAUCAUCAUAUGUUAGAGACUAUUAUUUUUUCAAAAGAUCUCAAUUCCCGCAAAUCGAACUCGUUCACAUGAAGCAGGAGGAUGCAUUCAAUGCGUUGCAACGGCAAGAAUUAAUGCACAAAUUCGUAGAAAUAGGAAAGGUGCUGUUGACCUGGGCGAUUUUGAAGAAUGUCGACAUGGUAGUGCAAAGAGUUGUGUUUCUUCACGAAGAGCUCAUGAAGCUACCGUCGUUUCCGCGAAAAGCGCUAGAAGCCGACUUGGACCUGUACAAAGGUGGUGAAAUUGGCAGAGAACUUCUUGGGUUGGACGUGAUGCAUAAAUUUAUGUGGGUUAGAUUGAUCGCACGCAUGUUUGAGGCCAUGGCCGGCAAUUUUGCAUAUUCCGGUGAUAUUCAUCUCUUUCUAAACGUUCUGAAUGGCGCCGUGAUUAUUCAUAGCGAGGAUUCCUGCAUUCUACGCUACGUCGUGGCGACCUACAUAAACGCUGCGCAUAAUUUCAAAAACAUUUUCUCAACGAACGGUUACUUGCUAAUCAUGCCGACCUUACUGCAACUAUACUCGACGCAUCAGACAAAUAAGCUCGUGACGACUACUGUUGAGUACGCUGUCAAACAAUUUUAUCUCAUGAAUCGUAAGCCCUUCAUUCUUCAGAUGUUUGGCAGUGUUUCUACUAUAUUGGACACGGAUAUUAAAAGUGUCCAUGGCGAGGCUCAUAAGGUUCCAUCUACGUGCCUAUUUAACUUAUUAUUGAGUUUGGAAACUCCAUCACCAGAUCCACUUAAUAUAGGAGAAUUAGUAAAAGAGGAGAAGCCUUUGAAAGCGAUAGAUUUUUGUUAUCAUGACGAAAACGAAAUGGUUGAUGUGCUUGACUGUAUAUCUCUCUGUGUGAUGGUGAUAGCUUAUGCACCUGAUUCGAUUAGAGGCCAACAAAUGCUGACAAUAUUGGAAGCGAUAUUGCCGUGCUAUGUUCGGCAAAUCCAAUUACCCACGUACAAUAAGGAAGGCAAAACAGAAAAGGAGAUAAUAAAUCAAUUAGCGAUUGCAGUUAGAACUUUAGUCAACAAUUCUGAAGCGUUGACAAAAUAUUACAAUGGCCCGCAAAAAUUGAGUCCUGAACAUAAAGGUUCUAGUCAAAGAAAUUACGGCAAAGGCCCGUAUUCACCUGGUUUUGAUUUCGAAGAAGACACUCACACGAAAUAUAUAGAACAUUCAAAAACUCGAAAUUUUUACGACCGAGAUGAGGAUUUUCAUAAAAACGAGUUCAGGAGACCGCGCGAUACUUUGUUAAAUAUGGUUGGGGACUUUGUGGCUCGUUGUACUGUUCGUUUAAUAGAACUUAAUAGGAAGUCACAGGACGGAAAAACUAUCGAAUUACUGGAUUCAAAAUGUCAUGUGCGCUUAGCCGAUAUCGCUCAUAGUCUUCUGAAAAUUUCUCCAUACGACCCGAUCACUAUGGCUUGCCGCGGUCUCAAACGAUACAUGAACGAUAUUCUUCCUUCAACCGAAUGGGCAGCCGAUGAAAUGAGACCAGCGUUAACGUUAAUUCUUAGAAGAUUGGAUAAAACUUUCAGUAAAAUACAUAAAAAACCAUCGAUUAGAAGAAAUACCGAUUGGGCUGCUGCAAGUGAUCUUUUGAAAGGGGUUUACGAAACUCUGUCGAAAUGUCCGUACAUCGCGCAUUUUCAGUAUUUGAAGACGUUGUUAACUACAUGUCAGGCUUUAAUUGUUGGAGACAAUCUAUCUGAAGAUUUAACUUCAGCUUCUACAGCUGCUUUAAUGAGCAAACUGCCUGCUCCACUUCCGCCUCCGCAUUUUUGCUCGACGGUGUUACGUCUGAUUGCUCUACACGUGAUAUCUUUUGGAGAAGGAUACUCCUUGGAAAAUGUUCUCGGUGGUCAGAACAUGUUCGCUACUCAAACUCGCACGGAAAAUGCGCUAUUAAAUUUGUUGAUACCAUUGUUUCUCCGCGUCGGAACUGGGAGAAAAGAUGUACCAAAACUGAAACAAUCGGAUAUCUCUUUCGCUUUAACGACCGUAUUAAACGCGCUUUGGCCACCGGGUGCAAAACCGAUACCAUUAACAAUGCAAAGACCACCAACGGAUACAAGAACCGGUAGUAUAACGUUCACCUCGAGAGAUCCGAAGGCUCUAAUGAAAACAUCGUUAACAUUAUAUCAAGUUGCUUUCCUGGCACUCAAAAUAAUGACGAUAUGUUUCGAAACUGAACUGAGAACGGAAUGGCGGGUAAUUCUACGUGCGAUGCGUCUUCUGAAUAAGCGCAAUGAAGCUUCCACAUAUCUCUGGAAUUUCAUAGAAUUUAUUGUGACACACCGCACAGCUUUAUACAUUCAAAUGCUUCCAUUCAUUGUUUAUAAAAUCGGACAAGCGCCGAUAUCCGAGCACGAACGAAAUAUGCACACCAUUAUACGCGAGAAGAUCAAUGGAAGUAGUACCACUGUACCAAAAUCGCGAGGCACGCUGCUCAUGGAUCUUAUUCACGAGUUAAAGAAUCUAAAACAAGAAAUUGAGAAUCGAAAAUGCGAUGAGAUGCAAUCAGAACCUAAGAGAAGCGUGGUGGAUAUGCAUCCGAUAACCGAAGGCCAGCCGCGUACUCAGAGACCGUCUCUGUUGAUGGAUCUUUUGACUGGUGACUUAGGAUCAAGAGCUCACAUAAAUCGUACGCCUGCUGAAACACCAGUAUCUCAUUCCACAGUAGUUCAAUCGCAGUCUCAUUCGACUCAAUCCAACACGAGUAGUACUGUUAAAACAAUGCAUCCCACUCAAGUAACAGCACCGCUGAAUGGCACUCGCAUUGGUGGAUCCGUAUCGAGCACCAGCGGUGGAUCUACCUUGCGUGAAGCAAGUGACACACUCGUCGAGGAAACUUGUAUCGAGCAGCCACCGUCAACGACAGAUAGAUUCCAAUCAUCUUCUACUAGCGAUGAACGUAACCAUGUUAAGCUUCAUUCUAUCUUACCUCACCAAAAGGCGCCAAAGCUGCGCUUUGUCUCUUCCGUAGAGUUUAGAAACUCAGCAGGAGAGACGGUGACGGGCCAGCUAAGUCCAAGCAGUCCGACCGAAGACAGUUCCGGAGAAUUACGUAUCGACAAGCCUCGCUUACAACGUUCUAUGGGCCAAAGCAAGAAGACCUUCCGCUUAAGAAAAAGUCGAAAGAGUCACAUUGAGGUGAUAAUGACGCAGACAAAGUUGGAACAGUUGGAUGCAGCCCUCGUGGAACAACCAACGAGUCAACCGAAAGCGACAGGACAGACAUCAUCAGCAGUGGAUCCGCCGCUAUCAUCUAAUAUUCCAUCUAAUUCCUCAUCCAUUCGUUCUAGACGAAGCCAGUCUAUUCGCAAAUCGGACGGAGACAAAAAUUCCAACAUGCCUGCAGAUCAGCAGCAUUUCCAUGGAGCGGCGCAUCAGCACCAUCAUUGUCACUACUUUCAUCACCACGUGCAUCCUCAGGUGUCAGAUGUGUCCUGGGACGAAGACACAUCUAGUACAUCUGGAUAUCGUGAGUCAUAUAGUAUGCAGAUCGUCUCAUUAGACGGUACUAAUGCUCGUUCAGGUCAGGCUCCGCCUUUGGCCUCACCGGAUCUAAAUGACAUGCCAUCUACGAGUAGCACGACCACUAAUUACAUAGCUUUCGAUGGCAGUUCUCCGGAUUGCUCGAUGAAUGGCAGCGGAGGUGAGAAAACCGCUCUGUUAACUUCAAGUCAGAGAACGACUUCUCAGCAUUCUUUAUUGAUGGUCUUUCCAAAUCAGGACGAAGAUACAUUAAUAUAA